AUUGAAAACACGGAAGUGCGCUGAUCGGUAAACAGACGCCACUGCGCUAUAAUCUCCUCUGAAACUGUCAAGAGAUCUCUCAUCUAUCAGCAACCGGGGGUGAUAUCUUUACACGCAGCUCCUAAGUGAUGAAAAAUAGCCUCGUCGUCCAUGUUUCAGUAGCUUAGCAGGAAACAAACUAUUUUAGGCUCCAUUAUCGUCCUAUCUUCGGCUGCAGAGGAAAGAUGCCUGCACGGAGCGUGGUUUCUGAUGGACUGCCCCACAGCAAAGUGAGGUACUCCAGGUUGGCCACGGAUGAUGACGGAUACAUUGAUUUACAGUUCAAAAAGAGCCCACCCAAAGUUCCGUACAAAGCCAUAGCACUCGCCACAGUCCUCUUCCUAAUUGGCUCGCUGUUGAUCAUCAUCGGCUCCCUUCUGCUGGCUGGAUACUUUGGUGUUCAACACUCAGACCGCACUGUGCCCGUCCUCAUCAUCGGGAUCCUCGUCUUCCUGCCUGGAAUUUACCACCUACGGAUAGCCUACUACGCAUCAAAGGGCUACCCGGGGUACUCCUAUGAUGAUAUCCCAGACUUUGAUGACUGACUGUAGCUGCAGCUUUUGUCUUGCUGUCCUGACAUAUGUUCAGCGUGCACUGCAUUGCUCGUGCUGAGUUCAAGGGUAUGACACCUUGAAGAAGAUGAGUCUGAAUUGAUAUAAAUAACCAUGUCUCUGCCACUGCUAUCAAGCCUGAUCAAUCCAGAUGCUAUUUGAGUUGUUGACUUGUUUUAUUAGAUUGAUCAUUUAAUAAAACACAUUUUAUUAGUU